AUGUGGAUGCCACAAUCACAGGAUGAGGAGCUCAACAGGAGGAUUAGAGGAUCCACAUCCGGCACCUUGUUCGAAGUAACAAUGCCCACCAUAACUAAUACCAAAUGCAAUAACAAGUAUGGAGGAAGUAUCACUGAUAACAUGACCUGCGCAGGCAUUCCUGAGGGAGGCAAGGACUCCUGUCAGGGAGACUCUGGUGGACCAAUGGUGGUGGAAGAGAACGGCAAGUGGAAACUGGUGGGAGUUGUGUCGUGGGGAUAUGGCUGUGCUCGACCUGAUAGGCCCGGAGUCUACGCCAGAGUUACACAAUAUUUGCAAUGGAUUUCUGACUCUACAACCGGUGUCUGUGUUGAUGGGAACGCACCUGCUCCUACUAAUGCCCCGACGCCUGCUCCUACUCCUGCACUCACGCCUGCCCCUACAUCUGCUCCUAAUUCUGACUGCCCCGGAUGUGGACAAGUGAACCGUGCCAACCGCAUUGUUGGUGGAGUAGAGACGGAGGUGAACGAAUAUCCCUGGAUGGUUUCUCUUGUCAACGGCAAUGGAUACUAUCACUUCUGUGGCGGUUCUAUCAUCUCCAGCCAAUGGGUCGUCACUGCAGCUAUCAUGAACACCUCAGAUUAUGUGUUGGAGGGAGACCGCAAUCUACUCACCACAGAAAUACAGUUCCCAUCUGACAACAAAUUCGCCCCUGUGUGCCUUCCAACUGCUGGUGAAAUGUACAAUGAUGUGAAUGCCACAAUCACACGAUGGAGAGCUCAACAGGAGGGAGGAUCCACAUCCGGCACCUUGUUCGAAGUAACAAUGCCCACCAUAACUAAUACCAAAUGCAAUAACAAGUAUGGAGGAAGUAUCACUGAUAACAUGACCUGCGCAGGCAUUCCUGAGGGAGGCAAGGACUCCUGUCAGGGAGACUCUGGUGGACCAAUGGUGGUGGAAGAGAACGGCAAGUGGAAACUGGUGGGAGUUGUGUCGUGGGGAUAUGGCUGUGCUCGACCUGAUAGGCCCGGAGUCUACGCCAGAGUUACACAAUAUUUGCAAGGGAUUUCUGCCUAUACAACCGGCGUCUGUGUUGAUGGGAACAUACCUGCUUCUACUAGUGCCCCGACGCCUGCUCCUACUUCUGCUCCCGAUUCUGACUGCCCUGGAUGUGGACAAGUGAACCGUGCCAACCGCAUUGUUGGUGGAGUAGAGACGGAGGUGAACGAGUAUCCCUGGAUGGUUUCUCAUGUCAACGGAAAUGGAUACUAUCACUUCUGUGGCGGUUCAAUCAUCUCCAGCCAAUGGGUCGUUACUGCAGCUCACUGUGCAGCUCAGAGCACCUCGGAUUAUGUAUUGGUGGGAGACCACAAUCUGUACUCAUCAAGUGAUGCCAAUUCUCAGUGGAUGCAGAUUGCUGAAAUUGUGAGUCAUCCGUCCUAUGAUUCUAAUACACUGGACAACGACAUUGCCUUCAUCAGACUCACCACAGUUCCCAUCUAA